CCUGCUCCAGCUACUGCCUCUACGCUGGCAGGCUGCGCGCUCAACUGGUACAUACACCAAAUAUGGGAAUCUGUGAAAGGUAAGAAGGAACAAAACAAGCGGGCAGACGCAAAAGCAGCAGUGAAUAGCAUGCUCGUACUGUACCAGACUCCUUGCACAAUCCUCAAGCCACCGCAUCGAUCCAACGGCGACGCGUACCAGACUUGGAAGCACGACCUCUGGGAGCUGGCGCUCUUGCUGGAUCACACUGCUAACGAGCGUCUUGGCAGCUUCGACGGCAAGAAGCCGACCACAAAAGCUUCGUCGCUCCGCAAGCGCUGGCGAGCAUUGCGAGCAUCGCAUCCAGAGGCGUACAAAGCACUCGGUGCACAGUAUCUUGCGUUGAAGGCGAGUGGCUCCAUCUCCGACGAGUACACACCUGCAACGCAUCAGUGGACGGCCAAUGAUCUU